AAUUAAGAGUGUAUAUGUGCCGAAUCCCGAAUCCUUUAGUUCAUAUCUCUUUUAUAUAUAUAUAUGUAUUUUUUUUAUAUAUAUUUGGUGUGAAAAUGAAGCAAGGCCUUUUGUUGCGUUAUUUAAGGUGCUUUCUAACCCCAAGUCCUUCAACUUCAUAGCUUUGCAAUUCACAGGUAAGUCACAUCACAUGAGAAUGUAGUUGGUCAGUUUUUCACGAGACAAAGUUCUCCCAAACACUUCAACAUGGCUUCUUCAGCUAUGGAAACCUGCAAAUCAGAGGAUUUGCACAUGCAGGUUGACAUUGAGAAGAACGCGAAGGAUAUAAGGUCUCAGUGGGUGCUUAACGCUCAUGAGCCCCCAAGUCCAUGGCGUGUGGUUGCAGAUUCUGUGAGCAAAACUAUCUCCCACUAUAAACAUAAACUUUCCUCUCUCAUAGAUCAACCCUGCACCACACUCCUCCUUUCAGUUCUGCAGGUGGUUUUUCCAAUUCUUGCUUGGGGCAGAAACUACACUGCUACUAAGUUCAGGAAAGAUCUUCUUGCAGGUCUCACUAUUGCUAGUCUUUGUAUUCCCCAGAGCAUUGGGUAUGCCACCUUGGCACAUCUUGAUCCUCAAUAUGGCCUUUAUACAAGUGUGGUACCACCACUUAUCUAUGCUGUAAUGGGAACCUCGAGGGAGAUAGCAAUUGGUCCAGUGGCAGUGGUUUCUCUUUUGUUAUCCUCAAUGAUGGAGAAAUUAGUAGACCCUGCUACUGAUCCAGUGGGUUAUACAAAGCUGAUUUUGCUUGCUACUCUCUUUGCUGGUAUCUUUCAGACUUCCUUCGGACUCCUCAGACUUGGGUUCCUUGUGGAUUUCCUAUCCCAUGCUGCAAUAUGGAACCCUCGAAAUUUUAUCUUGGGAUGCUCGUUCUUGGUCUUCAUCCUAACGACGAGAUUUUUGGGUAAAAGGAAGAAGAAACUAUUCUGGUUGGCAUCAAUCUCUCCUCUUGUAUCUGUUGUUGUGUCAACUCUAAUUGUGUUUAUCACAAGAGCUGAUAAAAAUGGAGUUAAAAUUGUGAAACAUGUAAAAGGGGGGUUGAAUCCAAGCUCCAUCCAUCAGUUAGACUUCAACAACCCCUACAUUGGAGAAGUGGCCAAAAUUGGACUAGUGGUUGCUGUCGUUGCCCUUACUUAUACUCCAACAACUAUUCUUGCUUCUGUGAUUCUCUCUGCCCUACCAGGACUCAUUGACCUCAGUGAAGCUUACAAAAUUUGGAAGGUUGAUAAGAUAGACUUUCUUGCAUGCGCUGGAGCAUUCUUUGGAGUACUGUUUGCAUCUGUGGAGAUUGGUCUACUUGCUGCGGGUACUCAAAGAUUUUUGCAACGCUUGGAGUUGUAUGCAAGUGUUGUGAUGGGGUUGGAGGCGCCUGCACUAGUAAAUGGACAGAAUCUUGCAAUAACCUACAAUGUUUUCCUUGGAAAUCACACUAUUUUUGAAACUGAACCCUUUUUGGAUGUUAUUGUUAAAACUGAGUUAUUAUCGGAGUCCAUUGCUUUCCAUGUUCAGUCCCUUGAUUCAGUUCAUAUGAAUUUUUAA